GUGUGUGUGUAGCUCGCUGCUCCCCUCACAGCCAGAGAAGCCGCGGCCGGAGAGAGGAGCUGCCACAGUCACACAGUCUGUAGAGCUGAGCAGGGAACCAGCAAGAGAGCUCAGAGUGUGCAGGCAGAGAACCCAUCCAUACAGACACAGACAGAGAGAGAGAGAGAGAGAGAGAGAGAGGACGGGCCGAUAGACGUCUCUCUGGUUCAGUCCAUUUCUUUCCACUUUUGUAACUUUUCACAUCUUUAUAUAUUUUCUUUUUUAAGUUUUUUGGAUUUUUUUUUUCUGCUGUGCUGUUGCAAUGCUUGGAACAAUUACUCUAACAGUGGGGCAGCCCGACGGUGUGUCCGUGGUGCAGAGCGAAGACGCCCCGGAGACCAUGGACUCUGCCGUCACCAAGGACGAGACGGCUCCCCACGCCAAUGGGGAGAAGGCCGACAACGAGCCGGCCGACGCCCAGGACAUCUCCAUCGUGGAAGAGAAGGUGUGUGAGGAGAAGCAGCAGGAGGAGGCCAACGAAGUGGGUUUCAAGAAGAUCUUCCGCUUCGUGGGCUUCAAGUUCACCCUGAAGAAGGACAAGAAUGAGGAGAAGGAUCCGGUCAAACUACUGAAGGUCAAGGAGAAGGACGGAGACGCCGUCGAGGACGACGCGGCAGAGAAGGUCGCCGAAGAGCCGGCCGAGGCGACGACCGUGACCGAGGAGAAGGAGGAGGAGACGAAGGCGGCCACGCCGGCGGGGGAUGACGCCGAGGACACGGACAAGACUGAGGUUCCGGCAGAGGGUGCUGCCGCCGAUGCCGUGGAUGAAACCUCCAAGGAGGAAGCAGUCGAGAAGGAGAGCAACCCGCCACCUCAGGAGGCCACGCAGUCUUCCUUCAGGAAGCUCCUAUCAGGAGGCCUCUUCUCCAACUUGCGGAAGAAAGCUAGCAUUAAGAAAACCAAAGAGGAGGAGGAGAAGGAGAAGGAGACCACCGCAGAGGAGGAGAUCAAGGAGGGCGACGAGACGGCUGAGGCGCAGAAAGAGGAAGGAGAGGAGGCAGAGACCAAGGAGGAGACACCAGCAACGACUACUGAGGAGGCCAAACCAGAACCCACCGCCGAGGCGGAGGGCAACGAUGAAACCCCAGCUCCUGCAGAAGAUAACGCAGAGGAGGAGAAGCCAGAGGCUGCGGAAGAAGAGAAGCUUACUACAGAGACGGAACUGCUCUCCUCCCAGGAGAAGGUCAAGACCCAUGGAAGCCCGCUGAAGAAGCUGUUCAAUGGCGCCGGCCUGAAGAAGCUCUCCACCAAGAAGAACAAAAGUAAGAAAGAGGCUGAGGCGAAACUCACCGAGUCCACGGAGCAGGCAGCCGAGCUCCAGACCUCCACUGAGUCUGAAGAGGCUCCGAAGGCCGAGAGCGGGCCCUCAUCUCCAGAGGAUUCUGGGGAGCACGCCGUAGACGGAGAGGCCAGCACGAUCGAGUCCAGCCAGGAGACCGAGGGAGAAGUCACCUCGGAUGGGGAGAAGAAGAAGGAAGGCAUCCUUCCCUGGUCUUCCUUCAAAAAACUGGUGACCCCCAAGAAGCGAGUGAAGAAGUCUUCGGAGAGUGACGAGGAUGCCGCAGCAGAGAAGGCGGCCAAGUCGGCCACUCUGUCCUCCAAUGAAAGCGCAGUGUUUGAAGAAAAGGCUAACGAGGAAGAGCCCAAGGAGGAAGUGGCGACGGAGGAGGAACCAAAGACCGAAACCACAGAGAAACUUGUGAGCAGCACCGAAGAACCCAAAAAGAAGAUGGACACCUCCGUCUCCUGGGAGGCUCUAAUGUGCAUGGGUGGGCCCAAGAAGAGGACGAGGAAGACCUCUGACUCGGACGAGGAAGAUGAGACCAAGUUGGAAGAGGAGCCAACCCCGGCCGUAGCAGAGGAAGAGCAGGAGGCUAAAGUGGAAGAGUCCCCCAUCGUCACCUCCACAGAGACGGAGCCGGAGGAGGAGGUGCUACCAGUCGAUGCAGCAAACCAGACGGAAAAAGAGUCUGCAUGGGACACACUGAAACGCUUUGUCUUCGCAAAGAAUAAGCCCAAACUGGAAGAGAAGGCAGAGGACUCCCCCGAGCAGGGUAACUCCGAUGGCGAAGUGCAGAAAGAGGAGUCGUCGUUCUCUCUGAGAAAGCUGUUCCCUGGACGCAAGAAGAAGAAGGCUGACCAACAAGCCUCCGGCGAAGGAGGUUCCGGCGAGGAGGACUCUGACACCCCUGCUGUUGUACCUCUCUCAGAGUACGACACCGAGCAAACCGAGACCAAACAGGAGGAAGUGUCAGAGCCAGCCAUCACUCAGGCCCAAGCCUCUGUUGAGGAAAGGGCUCCCUCCUGGAUUGCAGCCAUCGUCGAAGACGGUGACGGCAAGCACGACCAGCUGAGUGACAUCCCAGAGGAGGCCGACAACGCCGCCACACCGAAAUCCGCAGACACCACCAUUGAAGAAGACGACGAGGAACACCCGUCGUUGCCUCCCACCACUAGGGCAACCCCACAAAGACGUAUGUCCCUCGCUGAGGAAAAGCCUUUCGUCCCGGCCGUAUCCAGUGUCACCACGCCCGUUCCUACGGGCCCCGCGUCAGAGGUUGCAGAGAUGGUUCUGGAGGCUGCGGUGGAACAGAUCAGUGAGGCUCCAUGCCAGACAUCGGUGACUGUUGAAGAAUUACCAGUGGAGGAAGCCAGCGUUGGUACCGAGGAGGAAAUUGAGAAUGAGCAUGCUGAAUUGAAGAACAAUACCAUUCUGGAGCCACACAACAGCGAGGAGGCCAUGGCCAUUUGCACCGGUCUGGGAACCAAGGAUAUCGCGAAAGUGGCUGUUGAGAAGCCAGUGACGUCUACUAGUGAGUGCUUGACUGUGAUCAGCGACUCGUUGUGCACAGAGGUUGCUCUGGAGGAGAUGCCAGCUGACAUCGAGGUGGCAGUAGCAACAGAAGAUUCCAUCUCUGAGGCACAAGUGCAGCAAGUUGAAGCUACCGAGCUCGAGUCUUCCAUUGAGUUCCUUUCUGACAUCCCGGAAGUUGAAGCCGCCACCAAGUGCGAGGAGCCAGAGACCGAGCAGACCGCAUUGAUUGCAUGUCGUCCAGAACCGUCUGAGAUCGUCAAGGCCGCGGAGCUUGACGAAGACACCCCUGAGGUUGUGAACCUGAUGGCACCCACCAUGGAGACAAACGUCUCCAUGGAGAUUGUAGAGAUCACCCAUCCAGCUGUGGAAAUUAAGGAAGAAGUGGUGGAGUUGGAUCAGUUUGUGGCCGUCGGAGAGAACACACCGGUACAAGAGGUUGUUCAAGUGGUAACCCAACAGAGUAUCACUAUUGAAAACACCAGCACCGAAAACAUCAUCGUGGAGUAUUCUCCUUGCGUGGACCUAGAAGAAGUGGAGAUUAAAGCAGAUUUGGAGGUUUCAGAUGAAGAAAUUAUUGAAGAAGUAUUGGUCAAGGAGGCUGACACACCGGUCCAAGCUGUUCUUGGAGUCACCAUGUUGGAGACCUGUAACAACUUAUCCGAAGAAGACGGACAGGAGACAGAGGCACAUGUCAUUGAGGAGCAAAGCAUCGUCAUUGCCCGAGUUGUCAUUGAGACUGCCAUGGACCAGGUUUUGGAGGCUCAGACCGAAGCCCCAAAGCCUGCUACUCCCCCCCCCACUGAGGAGGAAAGCUCCACACCAGUCCAGGCCUUGCUUUCAACCGAAGAGGCCAUUGAAGAGAACACAGAGAAGCCCAUCAUCACUGAACCCCCCGUCGCACUCAUCUGCACCGCACCAAAAGUCAGCAUAACACAGUCACCCAUGGUGCUGUGCUCGGCCAUCCAGGUCACCGACGUUGUGUCUGUCGAAGAAGCAGAGAGCCUCGAUGGACCUGCAGGGAUUGAACAAGAGCCCACCGCCGAACUCCAGCAAGCCAUGGAAGUGAACGCAACCGCAAGUGAGGAGCUCAUUGAAGAAGUGGUUGAAUUGGAGUCUGAAAUUCUGCCGGCCGAAGAGCCCAAAGAGGCCAAGAACGAAGAAAGCAAAGAGGAAGUGGAAGCCACGCCUUGCCCCGAGGUCCACAUGCCAGUGAUGGUGGUGCUGCAGUCGGCGACGGUGGUGGAGGACACGCCCUUAGAGGAAGAAGCAGUGGAAGAGUUUGGCAACAACGGGCCAGCUCUGGUCCAAAACCAAGAUGCAGAACCUAAAUGCGAGGAGGCCGUGGGCGCCGCCUUGCCGACGUUGCCGGAGGAGCCACAGACGCCAGCGGUCUCCACAGAGGUGGCCGCCCCCGACCAGGAGGUCCCAGCAUCAGCAGCCGACACCAAGGAAGAGGAAGAGAGGGCGGUGGCAGCUGAGAGGUGUGCAGAGGUGAUGGCCCAGGUGAAUGAGGUGAUCGAGGAAGCUGUGAAGGAGAUUGAACCCAUCUCUUCAGAGAUCACAGCUGCGUCGUGAGCAGGAACAGCUGCGAGAUGCCUGGGAGACUACAGCUCUGCACCAGGAAGUGGGUGACGAGAGAGAGAGAGAGAGAGAGAGAGAGAGAGAGAGAGAGAUUGGGAGAGAGAGAGAGAUUGGGAGAGAGAGAGAGAUGGGAUGAGAGAGAGAUGGGGAGAGAGAGAGGGAUGGGAAGAGAGAGAGAGAUAGGAUUAGAGAAAUAGGGGGAUCGAGAAAGAGGGGGAGUGAGAGAGAAAGGGAGAGAGAGAGGAAAAGAGAGAGGCUGCUCAGGACUCGACUGGGCCCCGCCCCACCCUGCCCAACACACACCCCCAUCACCACCAACACCUUUCUCCACCUCCACCCACCUCCUCAGCCACAGGGUUGUCUUUGAAAAACAACAUCUCACGUCUGCGGCGCCCCCAGCAGUACCACCAGUAGUAACACCACCAGUAUCACCGGGGCAAUGGGCUGCGAACACACACAUGCACAAACACACAAUCACACAUCUAUUCACAUUCGUGGAGCCCAUAGCAUCUGGCAUGUUUUCAAUGUGAUGUGCAUUUGGUGUUCUGUUGACCAUUCACUGCCCAAGCUAGUGUGAGAUGUUGUUCACGGGGCGCACACACGCGUGCCCCUGUAUGCGCACACAUGCCGUUGUAUGGGUGUAUUUGUGAGAAUGAAAACGUGCUUGUAGUUAAAGAGUUGGAGGAUUAUUAUCUUGUAUAUUGUAUUUAUAUCUUUAAGUAUUCUCAUUUGAACCAGGUUUUGGUUUUCCGCGUUGUUUUUCUUGUGUGUAAUAUUUUUGACGUGACAUAUUUUUCCAUUGAUUCAUUGACAUUCAAAAUGAUUACCCAUUUAGUAUAAGUAAGGAAACAAUCGCAACCAUUUUGAGCAACAAUUAGUAUGAAUACCAAUAUAAGACUAUUAAAGUGUAUUUUUUGGGGGAUGCCAAAAAUUGUCAUUGUAUUAGUCCGUCUUUAAGAAACAUUUAAGAUUUGUGUAUAGCUUAACACUAAAUAAAGGUACAUAUGAUUUUACUGACAGUGGCUCAUAUAUCAUAGAAAGUAAAACGCACUACGUUUGACUAAUGUUCUACUGUAUUUGUAAAUCUCCCCAUUGCCAAAAUGCUCACUAUCACUGCCUGAUUAUCUGUACAAAAAAAUAGCUAAAUUAUGUGUGAAAAUAUGCCUUUGAGUGUCAUUUAAAGGUAACAAAGCCACUAAAUGUUUUUCAUUAUGCUAAGAGAAAAACAGCAAUGCUUUACGGCACACUUAAACCAAUUAACGACACUGAACUAGUUCUAAUCAUGGACCUAUUAAAGAGGUUCUAAUAGGUGUGCAUGUGACAGAAACGCAUGUCAUCUGAGUCCCGUGAGUUAGUAGCGCUGAAGUCAAGACAAUGUUCAGAUGGAGGUGUGAGUGCGCCCUCUGGUGCCUACUGCGAGUACUACACAAUCCAUGCAUAUGUGUUUUCAAAUUUAUGCGUAAAAAAUAAUAUUUUUCUGACCAAUAAUCGCCACAAUUAAUAUCAACUGUACAUCCAUUUCGUUUAAUGAAACACCCUAGUUCCCUCAUCGAACAUGCUUUCAUUGAAUCAUUGAAUAUGUGUGGAAGAGUGUGGAGGCAGCCAUUGAACAUUUGACGUUGUGGGGUCAUGGGAAUGUUUGCUGCAUCGGAGUAGGGGCCCAAUCUUAAACAGCCAAACCAAAUAUCCCAAUCCCCCCCCUAAAGAUUAUUUUAGUCGUGUCUGACCAAAUGUACCACAAACGAGUCCCCUCCGUGAUCCGUGUGUGACGUCAAAACGGCAGCUAGCGCGCCAUAUCUCGACAGAACAUGAGUUAAUUUAAAACCAAUAACUUCAGAAUAUCUUUCUAUGGGUGCCACGGAAUCCAUAGUCGCUUCGUGUAAAAAAAAAAAACACUAAUCAUAAAAAAGAGCCUAAGUGACAAAACAUGAGAAGAAUAGUUCCGCUCCUAGCCCUCACGCUUUCGGUUGCGGGCCUCCCAGACGUUUUGUAACACUGUUAACUGUGAACCCGGCGCCAUUUUGUACAGAUUGUAUACCUGUGUACCUAAAGAGUCAUGUUAUAACAAAUAACCAUUCACAUUUAGCAUAAUAUACAUGUAGCAUGGUCUUAAUUGUGUUUUAUAUUUUCUAAGCUGUUAAUAGUAAAGAUGCAGAAACCUGUCUAUAUUCCAUUCCAAAUAAAGCUAGUCAUAAAUGUCUUGUUUCAAUGUGUCUGUUUUCCCUUUGAAUAAAACAUAAUUGAAGAUAAAAAUCCAUUAAGGCCGACUGUAGAACUAAUGGAAAACAUUUUUGG